GAGUGGCCCCAACUGCUGCUGAGAACCACAGAGCUCCUGGACGAAAUGUGAAUAGUGAGGAACCCAGCCGAGACCUGAUGAGCUCUAGCAGUCCAUGUGAAGCACGGCCACAGAACAGCUCAACAGAGGGCUGUGGGUGCAAACUGUGCCCUUCUGACUGGCUGCCGCACAAGAACAAGUGCUAUUGGGUCUCUAAAGAAAGUAAAACGUGGAAUGAGAGUCGUGAGGACUGCUCAGCGAAGAGCUCUCAGAUGCUGGUGAUCCAAGAAAAGGAGGAGAUGGCGUAUGUACUGAGUAUUCCACAACUGAACCUGGUCUGGCUUGGACUCCGUGUUACAUCCCCAGAGAGGAAAUGGACCUGGGUGGACGGCUCCACAUUCGAUGAAACACUGUGAGUGUUCAUGGUUCCUAUUUUGGCUUUGAAACUGAGUGUGUUUUGCAUGGUGCACACGUGGGAACACGAGGUUAGU